GCUCAUCCCCAGGUCAGUGUCGGCUGAAAUCAGGUUGACUAAGUUGGGAUAGGAGCUCUCUUUCUGUUCAACUUUAAUUUCUUUGGAACUAUUUGCACUUUUCUUAUUAAUACUUCAACAGUAAUUGGCAACUUUUAUCCAUUUCAGCAUGUGGCUUACACAGGUUGUAAUGGCUAUCCGUCGUUCAUCUAAGUACACGCCUGGCCGACUGUUUAGUGGCAAGCACCGGAAGCACAGACCUGUGACAAACAACAUGGUGAAGAACCUCAUGAGGCGGCUGGAGAUAGAGAAGGAAAACGAGACUUAUCUCUGCAUGCCCUACCUGACAAGAGCCGAGGAGAACGGACAUGCCAAGGAGCAAAACUACCUUGAAUACAAGGAACUCAGCGAUAGAAGACGGAGCGCUAGCAUGAAGCCCCACAACUAUAUAGAGGACCACCUAAGCCAUCUCAAACACUCCAGAAAGUGGUAGACUAAGGACUGGAAAAAUCACCCGAACUGCUUCAGUAGCAGUCAACACAGAUGGAGCAGCCUGCACUUUCAAGAGUUGUCUGUGGGGAGUUGCUGUGCAUUGACACAAUACCAUCCAUGUUUCUCAUCUUUUCAGACAAAAGAGCUAUAAAAGCCAUGGAUUUACCUAUUAAAAUAUGCAGGUGCUUCCACAGUAAUGUUGACAAUGUGUAGGUGUUGAUCAGGCCUGCAGUGGAAGACGACUGGAGGCAUCCACCAUCGAUAUAAGUCUUUGGACCUUGUUAUAUGUCUGCUCUUUGCCGAGUGCGUGUACUUACAGGCUUGAGAGUUGUAUGUGAAACUCAUGGACCAGGUGUCAGCAGUCAGCAUGUUGAAUAGACCAACUGUCAAUUCUGUUGGUAUACCGUCGGACUGCAAUGAUAGGGACAUGUACAUGUGCAUUGCUUACUGCACUAUUAAACUAGUGCACAUUUUGAUUUUUAGAUUUUCACAAUGCUAUUAGGUAGUAAAUUCCCCCCCCAAAAAAAAAAAAAAAAAUUGGCUCAUUUCAGUUCCUGAAUUACGUUUGCUCUUCUCCAUGUGAUGGAAAUUUCAGGAGUCCAGCUGAUUUGAGAUACUGAGAGCAGGUAAAAUGGCACCACCCACUUCCGUGCAAGGCAAGAAUUCCUCUCACAUCUGGAUGCAAUUCCAUGUCAUCCACCCAUGUGGGAUAGCGAUCACUGGAUGUCACGAUUUCGUUGCCAGUGAACUCUACGGCAACAUUUGUCAGCUCAGCAUAUGUUGUACAGCAGGUCCUUACCUGUACCUGCAUGAAUGCCUGGAUGGCAUGUUGCCUGUGCCAAAGCCAUUUGAGUGCUGCCUGGGAAUUAUCUGCCUUCCUGAUGAGCAGAAUUGGGCCCGAGCCACCGAUUCUAAGUUGGAUAGAAUACAUAUUCUUGUUAUCUUCCAAGAUGCUAUCUACACUAGAUGAAAGGGAAGUAACGGGCUAGAAACAGCUAGGGAACUAUCAAAUAAAGGCAAGGGAAAGAAAAACCGAGUAAAAGCCCAGAUUUCUGUGUUUUCUUUCCUCCUUUGUGUGUACAAACAGUGCAGUUUGUCCAUCAUUCAGAUUAAUCCCUAUUAAAAUAAUUUGGAGGCCCAAAUUGUAACAGUUAAUAUAUGUGGGUCAUGAAUGCACUGAUUCUAAAUAAUUUGGGUCAACUAUACAAUAUUGUAUGAUCAGGGAAGCAAGGCUGGAUCAGUGCACAUAAAUUAGAACAUUAUGAAAUGAGAUUUGUACCUAUUGCUGGUGUUUAUAUACUCUGCAUAGAAAUACUGCAUCAAAUAAAAAUUUGUCUCAGAGGAUUAAAGUAACCCAAGAUAUUCUAUGUAAAAAUCUGAGUUUUAAUCUAGAAAAAUACUGUGAUUGGGCUGCAUUUUAGCCACGUAGAUAUGGCAAAUUUGUGUGCAUAAUGAGAGGGUAAUUGUACAUGCAUAUGGCACAUUUACUCACAUACUCCUAAUGAUACUACACAAAACAACACCAACCGAGUCUGAAAUCCUGGCAUUAAUUAAACACUACCUACAGUAUUUGUACAUGUACUUGCAUAUUUUGUCAAGAAAUACAUACUGUAUUAAAAAAGGGGUUUCAGCCAACACCCUAUGCCAAGCAUUCUACCAAUGCAUAAUCACCACCUAUAAAGCAUUCUUUCUGAAAUUUCCCAUGGCAAAUUAUCGUAGUACAAAUUGAUAUCAAACUAUAUACAUAUAUACUUUUAUAAACUAUCAGUCUCCUCUUCAGCACUUUCGAGUACACCCCACAAAUUUAAAAUACAACAUGUGGCCUCUAGUCUUCUUUGCAAUAUCUGUGUUAUAAAUUGUUUUUUAAAAAGUACAUAUGGUUAUAUAAUUUAUGGUACAUAUCAGCUUCAUUGUUCUGAUAAAAUGAAAUACCUUUCAAAUUAAAUAGCAAAAUUAUAUUUUGCUUAUCUUAAAAGCAAAGUUGAAUUUGUGAUUCUGAUUGGCCACAGGUAUAAAAUUUCAUAUUUUUAAGGGACUCAGUCGUUCUGCCUUUGAUAAUGAAAAGUUUGGCAGGGCACCAAGGCCAACAACAUGAAAGAAAGUCAUUUUUGAGGAUGAUAAUGUCGACGAAAAAUGAAGGAAAACGUCCUGAUGCACAUUAUUACAACGGGGAAACACCUGUCAUGGUCCAGACAGUGUGGUUGUAGAAGCUUGAGUAGGCCACCGUGCUACAUGUUGGCUGCCGUGUCCAAACACACCCGGGAGGCAAUCACACACAAAAAUGCGCUCAACCAAUGCUACAAUCACAAACACUGAAACCUUGAAAUUAAUGCACACAUCCCAAGAAAGGGGGACCACGGUUUAUGAAUGAACUCACAGUAAACUUGAUCAGAGACUUCUGAUUGUCUCCACCGCUAUUUAGCAUGUACCUGUAUGUAACAGUUUGCACAGGUAAAGAUUUGGACCUGGACUGUGUUGCCAUCAUGCAAUGCCCUCGGCUGGCAAAUCUACCUCCUGAUCUAUCUGCCAUGGCCCUUUCUGUAAUCUUUUAGUAGUGACACAGGUGCCUGUAUUAUGCAUGCAGCAUGUGAUUACCAAUAUGUACAUAUACAUAUAUUGUGUAGGAGUACAUUGAGAAACGUCCACAGGGUUUUGGUACACCCUCCCAGUGUUCCAAAGUUCAUCACAAAGAACACUCAAAGGGAAUCAUUAAAAACAAAGGGAAUCAGAGACGGUACUAGGGUGCCACGACCAGUUGAGAAAAGGCCAAAGCAAGACUGGCCAUGAAACGUAUGGUUGUUGGGAAGGGUGAAGCAUGUGGUUUUGUGAAGGGCAUUUGGCAAAAUAAAGGACAUUGACGGUACUGGACAUUAUGACUGCUGUUCAUUUUGAGUCCUGUGGUCAAUCCGGGGUCAGACUGCUUUAUACAUGAAUAUGUAUACACGUACACCAAUAUACCAUAGUCUACUUGUCACUGAAUUGCGCUAUUUUUCCCGUCAGAUAUUGUGCGUAAUUCUUUAAUACACGUUUCAAGCUGAAUGUACUACUUGCACUACACGAACCUUCAAAUUUUUUUGGGUUGUUCUUUUUUUAUUUUUGCUUUUUUUUUUGAGAGAGUGGCUUAUGACCUAUUAUCCAAAUCAAGAUCUGUUGAAUAGGUCAUGACUGCAUCUACGCAACUUGUAGGAUAUGUGGCAGAGUGGCUUCGAUUGGAUUGAAUACAAUCUCCUUACCCUGCACUUAAAAUUGUAGGACCCAAAUCCCAUAUAUAGCUGCCCACCAAUAGCAACAAAUUU